GGGGCGCCCCGGGGCCGACGGGUCUGAGCUGAGGUUUGUGUACUUAGGAAAUCUGAAGCAGUUCUCCUCAAACCAAACAGAACUCAUAGGUUGCCAUGUUCAUGUUGCUUGCAUUUGGAUUGCUACUGCAAGAAAUUCUGGCUAAUUCCCAAGCUGAAAAUCUUACUGAAUUAAAAAACAUUCCAGAAGAGCCACUAUACGGCUACAAAGCUAUCAACUUGCCAGAUGAGCAUAUUCCGUACUUUCUGCACAAUAAUCAGCAUAUCGCUGGCAUCUGUAAGCAGGACUCUCAUUGCCCAUAUAAAAAAUACUUGAAGAAACUAAAAUCCUGCUGGGGUUAUGAGAAGUCUUGCAAAUCAGACUACAGGUUCAGUUACCCAGUGUGUGAUUAUGUUGAAACUGGAUGGGCAAGCGACAUUGAGACAGCCCAACAGAUAUUCUGGAAACAAGCUGACUUUGGUUACAUUCGAGAGAGGCUCAAUGAAAUGAAAACCCAUUGUAAGCCUGCAGCAACAGGAGAUUCAUCUCUGACCUGUUCUCAGUACCUUCAGCAUUGCAGAGCGACAAACUUGUACAUUGAUUUACGAACUGUAAAGAGAAACCACGACAGAUUCAAAGAAGACUUUUUCCAGAAGGGAGAAAUUGGAGGUCAUUGCACCCUUGACGUUCAAGCAUUUUUGGCUGAAGGUCAACGCAAGAGCCCUCUGCAGUCUUGGUUUGCAGAACUCCAGACAUUUACUGCAUUAAACUUCAGGCCCCUAGAAGAUGAGAAGUGUGACGUUGUUAUUGAAAAGCCAACAUACUUCAUGAAAUUAGAUGCAGGUGUGAAUAUGUACCAUCACUUCUGUGAUUUCGUCAAUCUUUAUAUUACACAACAUAUCAAUAAUUCCUUCAGUACUGAUGUCAACAUAGUCAUGUGGGACACUAGCUCAUAUGGCUAUGGUGACCUGUUCAGUGAGACAUGGAAGGCAUUUACUGACUAUGAAAUAAUACACUUGAAAACCUUUGACUCUAAAAGGGUAUGCUUUAAAGAAGCAGUCUUCUCAUUACUGCCUCGAAUGCGGUAUGGCUUGUUUUAUAACACACCAUUGAUCUCUGGCUGUCACGGCACAGGGCUAUUUAGAGCAUUUUCUCAGCAUGUGUUACACAGAUUAAAUAUCACACAAGAAGGACCCAAGGAUGGGAAAAUUCGAGUCACAAUACUUGCACGCAGUACAGAUUACCGGAAAAUAUUAAACCAGAAUGAGCUUGUGAAUGCUUUGAAAACAGUAUCAACGUUGGAGGUCAAAGUGGUAGACUACAAAUACAAGGAACUUGAAUUUUCAGAGCAAUUGAGAAUUACCCACAACUCUGAUAUAUUCAUUGGGAUGCAUGGAGCUGGACUUACCCAUUUGCUCUUUCUACCAGACUGGGCUGUUGUUUUUGAACUAUACAAUUGUGAAGAUGAACGUUGUUACCUGGAUUUGGCAAGGCUGAGAGGCAUCCACUACAUCACUUGGCGAAAAAGGAAUAAAGUAUUCCCUCAAGAUCAGGGACACCACCCAACGCUGGGAGAACAUCCAAAAUUUACAAACUACUCCUUUGAUGUGGAAGAAUUUAUGUACUUGGUGCUUCUGGCUGCAAAUCAUGUUUCACAGCAUUCCAAGUGGCCAUUUAGGGUAAAACAUGAUGAAUUCUAAAUUAGACUUCUGACUAAAAUAUUAUUUUUAAAUAAUGCUCCGUAAAAAUACUGUAACAACAUAAAGCAAAAUGCUGGUGUGAAACGUGUAAACCUCUACGAGGGAAAUAACCCAUUAUUAACUUGUCAGACCACUUCUUCGCACCAUACCUUAUCUUUAUAAUCCCUCUCUUCAAUUCUGGGAGGUUUUGAUAUGUAAAAACUAUUUUUCAGAACUCUUUUUGGGUUUUGCACUGUAUUUUUGCAUUCCAAAUUCUGAAAUACUUGUCUUUAUACAAAGAUAUGUCCAUCCAUUUCAUGUAAGAUUUUCUGGGGUAGAUACUAAUCUUGUAAUAAUUUAUGCCUACUAUUAUGUGAGGAAAUGCUAGAGGAUGGAGAGUGUUACAGCUUGGUUUCUCAGGAUAGUCUCUCUGGGAAUGAACUAGGCCUGUCAGAGCUCCUCGGUUCCUCUUGUUAAGAAGCUAGAUGCUUUUAUACUACAGUCCUGUACCUGUAAGUAAAAAUCUGAAUAGGAAUUGCUUUCCUAUUGUAAGACGCUGCCCAGUAUGUCAUUUGCAGUCAAGUUACGUGACGCAGUGGUUCCAGGAUGGCUGGUUAGUUCCUUUCCGUCACCAUCCGUGUCAUUGCUGUGCUUGUCCCUCUGUUGUUUCUAGGUUUGAAGAUCUUCCUUUGUAUAAUAGUGGUUGUAAGAAUGAAGUGGUUAAGCAAGCUUUAACUUCUGUUGUUUGGUACAACAGAUACUGCAGACUUCUAUUUCAAGUUUAGAAACAUUUUCAAGUUAGAGAGCAGUACGUCUUACGUUUUUGCAUUUAAAUAUAAACUUUGACUCUUCUCCCUCUGGUUUUAAAUGCUAAAAUAUAACAGGUCUGCUCAGUAGGUUUCGUCAGUCUUCUAUCUCUAAGCAGGUAAAUCUUUUCCUAAGUGAAUACUUAAAACAUCAGGUAAUCUGGGUGUUUCCUACUUCUUCACGUAAAACAGCACUCUGUAAUGGAAAAAAUGAGCAAAUUGGAAUAAAACUUGAGUCUUUUUGAGGAUGCUAAAGGGGAUGGCCUUCUAGUUUUUAUGACAAAUGAUAAGAUGUAUAGGGUGUCUUUCAGCUGCAGCUGAAAGGAAAUGAAGUCAUGAGGAACCUUGUUCUUGGAGCCAUUAAAAGCCUAAUCUAGUAAUAUUCUUGUUUUCUCAAAAUGUCGAAGAGUCAAUCUAGAAAACGUUUGAAAAUCCUUCCAAAGCCAGUAGCAUAGUUCACUGUUUUCAGUGAAAGACAUAUUAAGCCAAAGCCGAGCUCUUUAUAAAAUUCCCUCUGGAGCUGAUACGUUGGUGCUAGUGGGGGGAAAAAAAGGGAGUACUUCUGUUGUCUUAAGUGGGGCCAGAAGGAUGUGUGGAAGAAUCAAGUUCAGUGAGAUAAAAAACAGACUUCUAUGUUAAAUUAUGGAUUUUUUUUGAGAAUGUAUUCCCAUGAUAGACUUGCAGUAUAAUCAUACAGUCUCAGAGCAUACAUUUGUAUGCGAAAGCAAGACAGUUACAGUAAAUGUAAACAUUUCACUGGUAUAAUUGUAGAUAUUAUUGACUUCCAUUCUCCAACAGUCAUAGGCAAUUUCACAGAGUGUAGGUACAUUUACUGACCUGCCUAUACUGGUAAAGAUGAGUUACUGUAAGCAUAAUUUUCAUAUAGAUCUCGCAUGACCUUAAGCAGUGCAUAGGAAAAGCUAGAUAUAGCCGAUACCUUACGGAAUCUCGUGUAUCUGGUGCAAUUCUUAGUGUAGUGUGUUGUUUUACUGACGGAUAAUACUAUUUUACUUUAAAGAACCAUAGAAGCAAAAUUGCACUUCUUGACAUGAGGGGAAAAAAAAAAAGCCCUUGAGAAAUACAAUUUCCUCUACUUGUGUGUGUGUGUGUGGUUUUUUUACCUUGUGGGAUUUUUAAAGAAAAAAAAUGUAUAAAACGUAAGUCAGUAAAAUGUCUGAGUUCGAAUGAAACCAACUCAAAAUAAAGAAGACGUUUAACUAUGAACUAUGCACAGAUAUUUGAUAAUUUUUUUAAUAAAAAGCUUUUUAAUUAAAAAAAAAGUGUAAAAUUUUGGUCAUAGUUUGCCAGGUUUGAGGCAAAUGUUUUAAAUACUGUUAAUUGCAUAGAGUCAUGUGUCUCUGCUUUUUCCUGCCAUGACAACCUGAUGUUCUGCGGUCCAAACUGAUGUUCAGAUUUAUUUAUCUGGGAAUAACACCGUCAUCUUGCGCUGAUGGCUUUGUUGCCAGGCAUUUUAAGAUCAGUUUGUGGAAAACAUUGGCGUAUGUUUAACUUUCUGUGCUGCAGAUGAUGCUGUUGAAGCCGGGGUGUGAAAGCAGGCAUGUGCUUGAAUCUGUACAGAAGCAGCUAAUGAGGAGCUUCUCUUUCAAGCUAUGUUAGGACUCACUAAAACAAGUGGUCGAACAUAUGCCUGAAUGCGUGGAGGAGAGGCUGUGGGGACUUAAUCCAAGGGCAAAAUAUACUGCCAACAUUCACCAGUUUCAGCAAACUUGAGUGCAGCGUUGACAGUUGAUGGCCAACAUACCGUUCAGCCUUUAUGGCUUAAUAUUACUGGGACGAAAAUACUGUUUUGGUUGAUUAGCUUUACAAAUAGUCGCAAAAUUAUCUUGGCAGCAGAAAGAGGUUCGGUUGCAUUAAUGGGAUUUUGCCAAUAAAUCCUGAGAGAGUUUGGACAACAGCAAAGAUCUGGCUGGUGACUUUCUUAAAGAGGGUCUGGGCUGUCUCAGUCUGCCUGGAAAUUGGAAUUUGAGGGAAUCCAUGAGACUUUUGGGCCACUUGUUCUUUAGGCAGAGUAUAGGUCUGGAUUAUAUUUUCCUAACAGACUAUAGGAAUCUUGUUCCUUGCUACUUUGGAUUUUUUUUUUUUGUCUCUCUGGUUUACUGAAGUUUAGAGUCUGUGUUUAACUGGCACAUUGGCAUCAGCGUGAUGAAUUUAGUUUUGGGACUUAAUGAACGUUGCCAAUCCUGAAUGCUUACAGGAUUGCCUGUGUUUCAUGUACAAUGUAAACUGAGAGCUGGAUUUGAAAUAAAAAAUAAUUUAUGGAUGCA